UAACGUAGUCACCAUGUAAGGCAAUGUAGGCCUACUGAGUACUAGUAAUCGUGAUAUAGCAGUUGGCAUAGACAGACUAUAGAUUGCAAUGAAAGUUUAAACCGUCACAGUAAAUUGGCUAUAAACGAGGAAAUGCAAGAUAUCCAAAAAGAAAAUAUUGUAUGUGUAUAGCCUUCAACGCAUAUCAUUCUUCUCCAUUUUCACCAUGAAGGGAUAUAUUCACACAAGCGUGGCCAUGUAUUACAGCCGGCGGCAGGUACUGCCAGGUUGGCGUUCAUGGCCCACAGUAACGACCUCGCCGCAUGAAUAAGCAAACUGUAAAGCUAUCCUCGCUGAACUAUUUUUGUGGCGAGACAGAACUGGAAAAACGUUCGCCUUUCUCCACACUAGUUAAUAGAGGGGAGAGUCGCCAUCAGUUUGAUCCAGUUUUUGAUGCCGUUAAAAUACGUCUCUGAUCUAAACUCUGAGUUUCGCACGAGGAGACAUACCCAUUGGGACACGCAGACGACAAUGAUACCAAUAAUCGUACAACUAGUGACGCUCCUGAUGACGGGUGGAAACUUGGUUGGCAACUGCAUGGUUGAAGCCCAAACCAACGCUGGCCAGAAAUUCGUAUUUGCCUUCGCCGAGAACUACCGGCCGAAUGCCGACCCGACGGUCCUCAUCACCAACAUGUCACCGCUGGACCACGCCAUCGUUAGCGUCACCAUCAAAACGCCUGUACACGGGCUGCUGCAGAUUGUCACGCUGCAAGGGUUCGGUCACACGGAGCAAGUCCCGCUGCCGAGGGACAUUGUCCCGGUCAGUCCUGAGUUGGACAUGGUGGCCGUCAUUAUCGAAGCGAACGAUACCGUGAGCGUGUACGCCAUUAACGACGCACACGAUCGCUCCAUGGAUGGUUUCACCGUGCUACCCGUGAGCUCCCUGGGCACUGAGUACUACGUGGCGUCCUACACUCCCUCGCUACGCUCCCAGAUCGUUAUCGUGGCCAUAGACGAUGAAACUGAGGUUGAGAUUGAACUGUCCAACACCGUCAUGUACAAAGAUCGCAAUGUGAAGGGAGGGGAUACUAUCUUGGUGGACGCCCAGCAACAUGAUGCUUUCUUACUGAGCGGACGAAUGGAUCUGACAGGGACAAGGAUUUAUGCGAGAUCGAAUCAUCCCAUUGCCGUGCUGUCCGGCAACCGAUGCGCGUUCCUUCCAAUCGGUGUCAAUUCCUGCGAUCAUCUGGUGGAGAUGCUACCGCCAUUCAGUCAGUGGGGGAGGCAGUUCGUCGUCAUGCCAUUCAUUGGCCGAUCCACGGGGAUCAUCUACCGCGUCAUCGGCGGCCGCGACGGUACCGAGAUCACUGUGAACUCGCAGAGGAUGCGAGUGAACCAGGAGCACUACCUGGAGUUCGAACUGGCGGUCGGUCAGAGCGACUUCGUCGAGUCGCACAACCACCCCGUACAGGUGGUGCAGUACACCAAGGGAUACGACGCGGAUGGUGUGAGUGGCGAUCCUGCUAUGAGUAUCGUGCCUCCGAUGGAGCAGAGCCUCAACACGGUGAGGUUCCCGACCUACAACACCACCAAGGACAUGCAGACCGUGCAUAACUACGUUAACAUCUACGCUCCCUGCGCGGAGAUGUACUACGGCAACUUGACCAUGGAUGGCGUGGUCAUCCGCGAGUUAGUGUCGGCGGAGCAGCGCAUCGUCAGGGUGGAUAGCUCCGCCUACUGCGGCGUUGGGCUGUACCUCACCCACGGGGUGCACACCAUCGCGCCGGCAGCUCAAGGAGGGGAAAGCUUCAUCGCCCUGGCCUACGGCUUUGCCGACAUGAACUCGUUCGCCUGGCCCGUGGGUCUGGGGACCAAGGAAAUUACUUGCCUGUAUCCGGGACUCGACGGGACUCAACUGGAAUACUCCUGCAGCAGGACGCUAGUUGUUCAACGCGUUCCCUGCAAUAUGUCGGAGGUUGUCGACGGCGAGGAAUGUAAAAAUGUAGAUUGUGUCCCAAAUGAGUAUGUCAUCUAUAUCGCAGCCGGGUCUGCUGUCGUAGCCCUUAUCCUGGUGAAACUCCUCAGCCAUUUUGUCAUCCAAAGAACAAAACCCCCCAAACAACUAGCCUUCGGGCAAAUCGGCUUGAAAGACCAACCACCGGAGAUUGCCAUCCACGAUGGGAGCACGCGGGAUGACUUCCUCCAUGGUGACAGCAACCGCGACUUGAGCGAGACAUCCAAGACACUUCGCCCGCCGUCUCCUCCGCCUCAGCGGCGAUCAUCGAUCAGGUCAGAGAGGGCCGAGAGAAUGAGACGCAGUUCCCGUACUCCAUCGCCCUCACAAGGUUCCCGUUAGCAGGAGCUACGCUGAACGAAAAUUCUCUGCUGAUCACGACAUGGCUGUCUACUCUGAAACAAAUCUCGACCUUUCGUUUUCAUUCUUACACAACGGUCGCCAUGUUUCUUGUUGCCUCAAAAACAUGUUUUCCUGUAAGACAAAAUAAAAAAUAACAGGCAAUGAUAUUUUGAUUAAUAGAUCAACUUAAAUAAUGGUUAAUACAUGAGGCCUUUUAAGAUGUACAGGAUGUUAAAACAUCUUCUUUGUUAAUUUUCUUUUUGCAUAUUAAAAAUUAAGACAAUUUGUGACAGGCUUAAAAUCAAUGAAAUAUCGGUGCAAACUUACACAGAUUUUUGCAGAAUUAUAUUUAAAAGGUAACCUUCACUCUCGGUGGAGCACAUUGGAAAGUACGAUUUGUUUUGAUAAAUCUUACCCCGAGGAGCCUAACUCUUCAGGCACGAAAAAGGCUACAUGGAACACGCUCUCCUAUUGGCUAACAAGCUCCAUGGAAAAAAAGAGACCUCGUACAAUACAUUGAGAAUCAUGAAUAUUCAGUGUGUAGGAAAACGUCCAAAGUCUACGCAGACAAUCUGAUUGGCUGAUGACAUGUGUCCAAAUAGUAUAAACGUAGUUUGCCAGGGUAGUCUAGGCCUAUACGACGUAGACAAGUAAAAUCACCUGGGCUAUAGCGUGGAAUAUAAACCUUAUUAAAGUGGAAGCCAUUUUCGAUCGUGUUCCCUGAAUCUAUUUUAUAAAUUGUAAACUGUUGACUGGGAUGGUUCCAGACUACUUUAUGAUUGGCGUGCGUUCCAAGUCUCGCUUUCGAUGUUUUUAUUUUAAAUGUGGCUUAAACAUUAAUUAGAGUAUGUUAAUCGCAAUUUAGAAGAUUCAUCAGAGUGCACUGGCAUUAACUUUUAUUUGAUUGCUUUCAUUUCUCGCAGGUUCCAAAAUUGAAGAGUAUUGUUUCGGUUUGCGGUAACACCAUGUGGUAAUAACUACUGUCGCUCAGUAGUUUUUAGUUCUGAUAAGAACUUGUCCUGCUUAUUACCAACUUUCGCUAAGUAGUUUUUAGUUCUGAUAAGACAAGUGCUACUUAGUUCUACACGAAUUUGUCUUUGGUCUCAACGUUUCGACUAGCAUGAUCUAGUCAUCGUCAGGGGACUGUGCAUUAACUCCCCCAACUCGUAGGUUGGCGUAGCGGUACUUUUCUCACCUUCCACCGCUGUGACCCGGGUUCGAAUCCUGCCUCGGCCAAUAUAUGGAUUUGGUUUUCAGUCCCUGCCUGAGUCCGUGGGUUUUCCCUAGAACGUCAUUCUGGGGAUUUCCUCCCACCUCUAAAACUGUAAUUUGUUCUCACUGUCUUCUCCCUACAGGUUUCUUUACAGGCUAGAUCGAGCUACACAGUGCCUAUAAGGGCGCUUUUGAGGAAGCCUUGGUUUCAUUACCAGAAAUGAUUAAUAUUAAUAAUAUGAAUAUGGCUGACUCGUGAUAGUCUUGGGCCUAUAGACCAUUUUCAUGUUGCAGCCAUUUGAUUUUUUUGCCAUUCAAAUCAAUGUAACCAAAGCGAGGCUGGAGGGAAAAAUAGUCUGGUUCCUUUUUACACAAAAACACUAUCAUUCAGUACUGUUAUUGGAUACAGGGAACAUGACUAAAAUGGGAGAAGCAUGAUAUAGGUCUAUUGAGGCAGCUGCUCAAACAACCCAACUUCGUUCUCAGGCUCUUCUUGCAACCUCGAAGAAAAUAGUAGACAACACUGUGAUUUUAUUCUCGAUGCGUAGCCUAUUGCGUGUUUUAAUGUUCAUUACGAAUUACUAUGUCCAAUCCUACUCGAAAACUAUAUUCUCUCUUUUCAGUUUGCGUAUUAUCAUAGGUAAAACUGAAAUUUAAAUUGAUAAUAAUUUCACAUUAUGUAAAAAGGUAUUUGGAUAAUAUGCAAAAUGAUCCAGUACCGGGCGAGAGCAGCUAGCGGAAGCGUACUGCUCGACGCCACAGGGACGAGGUUGGAAACAACCAUUUUGGUGUUUUCUUGUAAUAUAAAAUUUAUUUUGGUAUAAACUGUAAUUGUCUUGUCUUGCUGUAUGUAAUUUUGACCCCUUUUUCAUUUAAUAGGCUAAAAGCCCUAUGCUCAAACGUUAUUCCGUGCUUAUAAAGCAAGUCGAAGACCCCAAGGUGUAUCAAACGGUUGACGUUGUAAAAUUAUGUAAAUGUGUUCUAUAAAUUGGAAAUUGCAUUUUUCUUGGCCUUUAAUAAGGAAUUAUAAAUACGAUUUUUAAAAACUGUUUAAUUAUUGUAUUUAGACGACAUGAGACAAUAACGAAUUAUGGAAGUGUAAGGUUAUGUAUUCGGACUUAUAAGUCUGUUUAAAUUUAAGUACAAGAAUUAUAUGGACCUACGUAAGGCAGGUAAAAUGGAUUUGAUAGGGGGCAUUUUGUUGCUGUAAAUAAACGGCGUAGGCCUAGAUGUGAGCGCAAUAUGAGAA